UUACGCAGCUUUGGUCCACGGCUGCUGUCUGCCUACGCCGAAUGCGCUUACUUGCUUUUGGAGACGGCCGCGAGCUGUGUUGUGUUCGCCGUCGUCGUCGUACCAUCUGUCGACACCUCUGCGCUGCGGAUCGCCCUUGAAAAACCGCUCAGAGGAACAAAAAGAAAAGGUCAUGCUAACUGCCACAAGCUCCACGCUGCGGCGGACGUUACGGUCAUCCGUAGCCGUCGCGAGCCGCUACACUGCCGUCCGCAGUACUUCCCAGGGGUCGACGGAGGGAGACACACCACGGGUACUCAUCACAGGAAGCCUGGGCCAACUCGGAAAGGGCCUAGCUCGGUUACUUAGGCAAAAGUAUGGCAAGGACAACGUCAUCAUGUCUGACAUUGUGCGGCCACCCAAGGAAGUGUUCAACGAGGGUCCCUUCAUCUACGCGGACAUCCUGGACUUCAAGAACCUCCAGGAGAUUGUGGUGAACGAGCGGGUGGACUGGCUCAUCCACUUCAGCGCUCUCCUGUCGGCCAUCGGCGAGCGCAACGUGCCGCUUGCCAUGCGCGUCAACGUGGAGGGGGUCCACAACGUCAUGGAGCUGAGCAAGCAGUACCGGCUGCGCCUCUUCGUGCCCAGCACCAUCGGGGCCUUCGGGCCGGACUCGCCGCGCCACCUGACCCCCGACCUGUGCGUACAGCGUCCCCGGACCAUCUACGGAGUGUCCAAGGUCCACGCCGAGCUCUUGGGGGAGUACUACUACCACAAGUUUGGGCUGGACUUCCGUUGUCUUCGGUUUCCGGGCGUCAUCUCCUACGACACAGAGCCCGGGGGCGGAACCACAGACUAUGCGGUGCAGGUGUUCCACGACGCGCUGCGGGAGGGCAAGUUCAGCUGCUACCUGGAGCCGGACACGCGGCUGCCCAUGAUCUACAUCACGGACUGCCUGCGGGCCUUGGUAGAGAUGAUGGAGGCUCCGUCGGAGGCACUGAAGCUGCGCACAUACAACGUCACCGCCAUGGACUUCACGCCCGAGGAGCUCUUCCGCGAGGUCCGCAAGCUUGUGCCCGAGCUGGAGGUGGUCUACCGGCCGGACGGCAGGCAGAAGAUCGCCGACUCGUGGCCACAGGUGUUUGACGACAGCAACGCCCGGAGGGACUGGGGCUGGAAACCCAGCUACAACCUGGAGCAGAUGUGCAAGAUCAUGGUGGACAACCUCAGGCUCGUGUACAAGCGCUAGGGGGCGUCUCGGAUCGUCUCAGAUAUGCAUAGGACCGACAGCAGAAGUGCAGAAGAGCAAGAAGUGCCGGUGCGUCCUCGUCACCUUCGCCCACAUGCAUUUUGACAAGCACGGUGUUGCCCCCGUUUACGACAUUCCAACAUGGAAGACGAAGCCCGCUCCCAUAUCCUAACAGAAUCUCGCGAAUGUAAAGAAAAAAAAAAAAGAAACGAUACGAAUCUUACAGCGAGGGAGCAACGGUUGACACAUCGCUAGGAGGUUUAGCUUCCCUCUGCAGCAUCGGACGCGUCGAAGCAGAGUCACCCAGUACAUGGUCUUUCAGGUUGGGUUGCAGCUUCUACAAUGCUAAGUCACCUGGCACGGGGUGACUCGGUGUUUAAGCGGAGGCUGUGACAGAAUCUCACAAUCACAUUCGAUGCCACGCGGGUUUUGUUACAUGGCGCUUUUCCAAAAGCUAGGCCGCACAUCCAAGGAAGUGUAUUAUUGGCCGGCCCGAAUGUUUAGACAAGGAUUGCGCGUGCCUUACACCAAGUCUUUCAAGCUUGCACUGCUGUGUGGCAUCUUGCUCCAUAGUCUUGUAACUUUUGCUUUUAAAAGACAUUAAUCUUUAUUUUAUAUGCUCACAACUAUAUUCGCACAUUCCUAGCCCUUGCGAACUGUGAUGCCUUUUAUAGUAUGUAGACUUUAAAUCACGGUGCAAUCAAAAUUAAGAGACAAGCCUAUGAAGCUAUAGCCAUUAGUGUAUGCUUGCUAGCCAUGUAUGAUAUAGUGGGCAUUUUUAAUCAACCAAGUUUGGAUAUUGACCAAAUUUAAACCUCUAACUGAUCUCCCCCAAAAAAGUAUUUUUUUAUGAAUUAGAACAUACCCUUGUGGCUUUAUUGGUCACCACACUCCAGUUCGGACAUAUUUUCUAAACUGUGAAUGAUUUUUGCGCGCAUAGACAUUCCACCCAUUUCACACUAAUGCCAGAAGGCCCAGUACUUGGGACAGCGUAGAAAUAAAAACUUCAAUCAAUGUGACGUGACAAGUGACAGAAAGGCAUUCCGAGCUUCUUUACAAGUGUCGUUCAACGUUCGACUUUAUUUAUUUUUUCUUACCACCUCGAACACUUUCAUAGAUCAUUAAAAGAUGUGCAAGAUUGA